AGAAGCACUGAGGGUUAGCGUUGACGGCAAAAAGAUCAUUAGCGCCAUCUACUGUUCGGGAGUGUGCCUCUGCCAUACAAUGAUAUGCAACGCCACAGUUCCAAAUAAGGAACAAAAAGUAUUUUGGCUGAAUGUUUUUUUUGGGGGGGAGGGGGGGGGUCGUAGAUACGUUUUACAACACACAAAAUAUCAUUCCAUCACUGCUUGAGAAUCCUUAAAAAGAAAAAAAAAAUAAUCGUCAUCAUUACCAUUUUCUUAGCCGCUUAUCCUCACAAAGUCGCGGGAGUGCUGGAGCCCAUCCCAACAGGUAGGAGGCAGGGUGCGCCCUGAACAGGUUGCCAGCCAAUCACACCUAGGAGCAAUUUAGGGUGUUGCAUGUUUUUAGGAUGCGGGAGGAAACCGGAGUGCCCGGAGAAAAUCCACGCAGGCACGGGGAGAACACGCAAACUCCAAACUGCCGGGUCUGGGAUUGACCCGAGACCUCAGAACUGUGAGCCCAACGCUUUCUAUCGGAUCUACCGUGCCGCCCAAUUCCUAAUACCAAGUAAUUUAAUUUAUAUCGACGUUAAACACGUUCAAAAUAAUCUCUGAAUAAAGCGGAAAGUUCGUGUGUUACAACACAGAACAGUCAGGGCGCGCAGAGAAUCCUGGGAAAGAGCCAUGGUGUGUCCAAGUGGAGUUGCCGUAGAAAUCCUACUUGUGCAUUUUUUUUAAUUUUUUUUUUUUACAUGUGGCCGUACGCGUUCGAGUAAACAAUAGUUCCACAGUUAGAACUGAACACACCGAAGCCUCGACACGGUUGGGUCAUCACGACUUGACGGGGCAAAAAAAAAAAAUCUCCUUGCUUGGAUUAACGCGUUUCGAUGCACGUCCAAACCUCGCGAGCUAACCUAGCUUAGCCUCGCUAGCCGCCGUCAAAGAAGAGACGAAUUUGCGGGGAAGAUCGUCGAUCACGAGCGACCGAGUGCGGAUGGAAACAAAAGGUUCUGAUUAUCGGGCGGGGAUGUGUGCGAGGGAGACGGCACAAUACGCGGAGGAACUUUCCGGAUCGAAAGGGAAGGAGCCAAUGAUGGACGCUGCUCUCCAACAGUCUGCGUUUGUGUUCCGCGGAGCAGACAUUUGUGAGGAGCUUCAUUCUGAGCGGGAGGAACCCGAGUGCGCCCACAUUAAAGAGGAAGAGGACGAAGAGCACCCGUACAUUAUCGUGGAAGUCCAACCCGAGCCGAGUCAGAUUAAAGAGGAAGAGGAAGAAGAACUCGACUACAGUCAGGAGGAAGACGAUCCAGAGAUGUUCCACAUUAAAGAAGAGGAUGGGCUCAUCAUGUUGCCGUUGACCUUUGUGCCUUUCAAGGGUGAAGUUGAGGGCAAGGGUGAUCGUAGGGGGAGCAGGGGGGCGGAGCCUCCAAGCAGCAGCUCCAGUCAAGACGUGACCACAGAAGGCGACGAAGACAACGGCGCAGGAUCUCAAGAAGACGGCCUCUUAGCGCCGCUUUCAGAUAGUGACGACAUAACAUCGCACUCCCACGACGACGACGACGACGAUGACGAUUAUGAGGAUGAUAAUGACAAUGAUGAUGAUGAAGAUGAUUAUGAGGACGACGACGAUGAUGAUGAUGAUUAUCAACACUCAAAAGGUGACAUGACAUUUCUCACUAACAAAAAACACUGGCAAUGUUCUCAAUGCGACAAAACGUUAAGUUCCAAGAGGGUUUUGAAAGAACACAUGAGAAUACACACUGGAGAGAAACCCUUUGCCUGCUCAGUUUGUGGGCAACGAUUCUCUUUUCGGGAAAACUUGAGAAUUCACACAAGAACGCACACAAAGGAGAAACCUUUUGUCUGCUCAGUUUGCGGCAAAAGAUUUACUCAAAAGACAAAUUUAACAAAGCACACAAGAACCCACACAGAGGAGAAACCUUUUGCCUGCUUGGUUUGCGGUAAAAGAUUUACUCAAAAGACAAAUUUAUCAACACACUCAAGAGCGCACACUGGAGAAAAACCUUUUGCCUGCUCAGUUUGUGAUCAGAGAUUCUCUGUCAGGGGAAACUUAAGAAGACACACGAGAACACAUACUGGAGAGAAACCUUUCGUCUGUUCGGUUUGCGGCCAAAGAUUCUCAACAAAGCCGAAUUUAACCAGACACACAAGAACGCACACUGAAGAAAAACCUUUUGCCUGCUCAUUUUGCGACGAACGAUUCAAUUUACAGAAAAAAUUAAUUACACACACCAGAUUGCACAGCGGACAAAAAACCUUCGCCUGCUCAGUUUGUGGUAAAAGAUUCUCUGUGAGGGGAAAUUUAAGAAGACACGCCAGAACGCACACCGGCGAGAAACCUUUUGCGUGUUCAGUUUGUGGUCAAAAAAUUUCUUCCAAGGCAAAUUUAACCACGCACACAAGAAAACACACCGGGGAGAAGCCAUUCAGUUGCAAUGUGUGCGCCAAAAGAUUCUUCAGCAAGGCUUACGUCAAGAGACACAAGUGUGCCGGGGAGAACAGCAGCGAUCAAUAAAGCUACGAAUGGACUGAACAAACGGAGAAGUGUGUUUGUGAUGCUGAAUCGAGUGCAACAUUCAUGUAAAGAUGUUCAAUCAAUAAAUUCAUCAGUGACAGAAGAACCGUGGUGUGGUGUACUCCAUCCACCGCAGUGAGAGUGACUGCAUUCGUUCGGGAGUAUCUAAAACCGAUUUAUUGGUAAUUGUGCUCAUCUCCAACACCCCCCCCCAC